UUACAAGUUAUCAGUCCAAAUCGUUAAACUGGUAACAGACCGGUGAAAAAUAGUAACAAAGCGGCGACAGAACUGUAAAAACAGACACCGUGGAAGAAACGAAAAAACAAACAAACAUGAAAACCUUGUUUGAGAGACCCUUUUCUUUCAGUCAAGAGAAUAAACAUUUGAAUAUCUCUAUUUAAUUCAACUAUUUUGUUCAUUUCUUUUAGGUCAGGUAGCAUUUGGUUAUCGAUUAGCAUCAAUUUAUGAUAUGGAUACUUAUACGGCAUUAGAUGUAUUGUUAACAACAUUAUUUGAUGAUGAUAUAUCAAUCUUUCAUAAACAAUUUAUUGAAAUGCCAAAUACACUUUGUUCAUCUAUUCAUCAUGAUUGGCAUAAUUACAUUGAACGAGUAUUAAUCGUUACAUUUGAAGGUUCGUAA